UAAUUCACAACUUAUCUAUUAAUCAGCCAUGUUUAAGGUUUGUAAAUUACCGUUCGUGUUAAUACUUUGCAGUUUAAUUGUGCAGUUAUGCCGUGGGUUGGAAAGACACGAACGACUACUCCUGAAUGAUCCACAACUUCUACAAUCCCAAGUCGAACAUCUUCUACAGGAAGUGAACACCUUAAAAACCAGUACAGACCAGGAAAUAAACGCCCUUAAAUCUCAGCUGGCCAACCAGAAUAACGAAAUAUCGUCUUUGAGGGGUCAGGUUUCCGCUCUUACUCUACAAUCUAACGAUCAUGGUGCAACCUUUACUGUUUGGGGAAAGAAUACGUGCCCGAAUGUGAAUGGUACAGAAAUGGUUUACAAUGGAUUUACAGGUGGAAAGAGUUACUCAGAAAAAGGAGGUGGUGCAAACACUCUUUGUCUUCCUCACGAUCCAGAAAGACUACCGUAUGGUAUUUCCGUCAUUGACGGUGAUGACUACGGGCACCUGUAUGGAGCAGAAUACCAAUUUUCCAUUCACCGCGUCCACAUACAGGAAGAUGUUCCGUGUGCCGUUUGUCGUGCCAAAAUGGCGUCUUCUACCAUCAUGAUCUCAGGAAAACAUUCAUGUCCGGUGACCUGGCGAAAACAGUAUUCUGGAUUCCUGACAUCAAGUUGGCAUAACUAUGAAAGUACAGAAUAUCUUUGUCUGGACGAUGAUCCGGAUUUCAUCGAAGGAUCCAGACGUGACGAUAACGGAAGGUUGUUUUAUCCUGUGAAAACCGUGUGUGGUUCUCUCCCCUGCCCUCCAUAUGAGAACAAUGUUCUUGUUGGUUGUGUUGUUUGCGCAAAAUAGAUUUUAAUACAUUCUUUAA